GUGGAAAGGAGGAAGAGGAGGAGGAGAACAGCAGCUUAUGGGCAGCGGAGAAGGAGUGCUGAAGAGAGGGAUCGUCGUCACACUAUACAUACACGUAUAUAUGGUUUUUGGAGACGCCUGUUGGUGGGUUGUUCACCUUCCAAAACAUUUUUCAGAUUGUUCCCCAGAGAAUCUAAAAGCUUGAAGAGAUGUGGGAAAACCCUCGCCCGGCAGUCCCUGCCUUUCGGGGACGCCCAGGAGAAUUCUUUCCUCCCAGAGGUCCUCAUGGUUUCCUUCCAAGAUUACGAGGCCGUGGUGACAGAGGUCAUCCCCCUUUUCCCUUUCGGGGUACGCCAAGAGGUCCAGUACCUCGAUUUGCUGGUAGAGGUGCUAGCCCUUUUGGGACCUUUCCUGAAGAAGAGCAAAGGAGGAAUAUGGAGUUUUGUGAAGGAGAACUUGGUCAAAACAUCCCAAGGAGAGAGAUGCCUCCAAUGAAUUAUAGGCCACGAGAAAUGUCUGAUCCUGACUACAUGGCCCAUUCAGGACCUGAUAUGGACUACAGAGAGCGAGAAGCUGCUCGUUUAGAUCAGAGGGAUCGCGGUAUCCCUGAUGUGGAUUAUAGAGAGGGCGAUCAUUCGGCAGCCAUGUUCAGAGAAAGAUUUUCUCCAGCUGCACAGCACAGGGAACGAGAAGCUUUAGAAUUUAGAGAGAGAUUAGCUGUUGCGUUGGAGAUCAGAGAGAGAGAAGCAGCUGCUAUAGAGUAUGAACAUAGAUUGGCUGCAAUGUUAGAACGCAGAGAAAGAGAGACUGCAGAAAUUUUAAUAAGAGAAAGAAAGGCAGCAGAAUUAUUACUUAGAGAGAGAGAUGCAACUGAAUUACUGCUGAGGGAAAGAGAGGCUGCAGCUUUAGAGCUCCGUGAAAGAGAGGCUGCUUUAUUGGCUCACAGAGAGCGAGAAGUAGCAUCGAUGGACUAUAGAGAGAGGGGCAUCCAUGGUUUUUAUAGAGAUCAUGUAGACAAGGACUUAAGAGCAAGAGAAUUGGAUGUAUUUAGAUUCAGAGAGUCUGAAAGAAGCAUGGAUUACAGAAUGAGAGACAAAACUGAGUUUGAUAACAGGGAAAGAAUGAUUGUAGAUUACUCAGAAAGUGCUGCUUUAAACUACAGAGAUGAAAAAAGAGAAAAUGCAGAUUAUAGGGAUCAAAAGGCUCCAUAUCUUGACUAUCGAGAUAGAGGUACACUUAUAGUAGACUAUAACAAUGAGGAGACUAUUGGCCUAGGAUAUAGGAAGCAGGAUACUUCUGCAAUAUGUACCAAUGAGGUAAGCCACACAGAACCCGAAAAUUCAAAAAUAGAUCAAAGUAAAGAUAAAAAUGUAGAACCAGCACACGGAGAUGGUGAAAAAUUGUGCAUAGGUUACAGAGAAAGGGAGACUAACACUUCAGAUUUAUGUCAGGGUGAGAGUUUAGGAUUCAGAAAUACAGAGCAAAACAUUCCAGGUGUAGAUUACCAGGAAAAGGUUGACUCUGAUUAUCGUGAGAAAGAAACUGCUGACUCUGAUUAUCGUGAAAAAAAUGCAGAUUACAGAAAGAGAAAACAAACCGAUUCUGAUUAUCGAGAAACAAGGGGAACCGAUGCAGAUUAUCGUAGCAAAGAAAUUGAGGAUUUAGAUAAAAAGGAAAGAAAGUCUUCUAUAGCCAUCAAACAGAUGAAGUCUCCAUCUUUAGAUUAUAUUGAUCCUUCUGAUACUGUAGAGAAAAAAAAUCAAUCUGUGUGUGUUGAUUAUAGAGAUUCCACUGCAAAACAAAAUCGGGGAAUACCUUUCCUGUGUUCCACAGAAUACACUGAAAGCAGUGAGAGUACUUCAGGGAUGGUAGGAAGUGCUGGAGAGCAAAUUCCAGGUCUAGACUAUUUUGAUAAUUCAGACACAGAUUACCGGGCAAAAGAGAGUGAAGACUCAGACUAUCGAGAUGCAAAGAUUAAGCGGCAACGUGUUGACACAGAUUACCGAGAAAGAGAAAGUUCAGAUGCAGAUUAUCGGGGUAAAGAAAAUGACUACAAACGGUUAGAAAUUGAAGGAAAUAAGGAGACUAAAUGUGCGAGCCAAAUAAAGUCUCCAUCUGUACCAUUUGUCAAGCAGAUAACUCCUGGUACAGAGGCAAAGAAGGCUGGACCUGUGUAUGCAGAUUACAGAGACACCGUGUCUGCUGCAAAAUUAAAAUGUGCAACAGGCAUGCCCCCCCCUUCAGUCCCUGUAAGUACAGCUGAUCAUUCUGACAAAGUUGCUACACACUUGGAUAAAGCUUCUUACCCCAUUCCAAAAACUGGAGGCGGAUCUCAGCAGUCAAGCCACCCUCAGGCAAUGGAUAUGGAUUUUCGGGACACUAAAACUGUGGAGGCUAAGGACAAAUUAAAAAAUGGCAUGGCUGUCGGCUCCAAGGCUGAAUCUUCUGUUGUGCUAGGUUCUAAUGACCAGGAUUUACGCAAAAAAGAAAACAUUGUUCAGGACUCAAAAGGCGAUGUCUCUGACCAAAGUGGCUAUAUACAAAAGGAGGAUGAGGAUCUCCGCGAUGGAGAGACUAAAGCCCCUGCGGACCUCUUAAGACAUGGCUCUCUCCUUUUUGACUUUCUGAAGCUGGCUGCUCAGGAACUGAAAGGGAAGCAGGAAACUGAAAUAGCAGCUGGAGGAAAUGAAAAAAGGGCCAUAUCCCCAAAGCAGGCAGGAGACUUGGAUAGCAAAGCUCAGGUAAUUCAAGGUACAGCACCCAGAAAAGUUACCACGAUACCAAACAACCAGGCUGCAAUGGAAUUUUUAGGAAGGGAAGACACUGAUUAUAGGAAUAUGGAGUACAAGGAUACUGACCUGAGAGCUGGGUACAGCUAUGAAAAGCGGUCCCUAGAAGACCUUCAGCAAGGAAGUAAGGAUAAAGAUUACAGAAGAUCUUCACUUCCUGAAGGAUCCACCAGGAUUAUAUGGCUGGAGGGUUUGCCAACAGGCGCAUCUAGAGAAGAGAUCCUGACUACUCUAAACACUGUGAAUAAGCUGCCAUCACAUGGGGUGAAUCUCAUAGGCUAUAUUCCAGGUUACAGCCUCGGCUCUGUCUGCGUGGAGUUUUCCCUCGUGGAAGAGGCCGUCGGAUGCAUGGAAGCCUGCAAGGGUUCUCUUAUCUUUAGGGGCAAGAAAGUCACACUAAAGUACAUUCCAAACUCUGAAAAGUGGAGCUGCAUGCAGUGCAAAGUGGUUAAUGUUUUAUCAAAAGAGAGGUGCUGGCAAUGCAGUGCUCUUAGGUCUGGCUCAGACCAUCUCUCUGAUAGAGACUUGAUUAAGGAAUCAAAAACUGCAUCUUCUGGUAAGUUACAGAGGGGCAGGAAACGCAAGUCCAAGCAGGGUGCUACAUCAAACAGUCCAGACAAGUGGAAGGAAAAGACCCCUCCAAGCGAUAAAAGUCCCAUGGCCAUUAGAAGACAAACCAAGGAAGGAAAACUAAAAGCAGAAUCCGAGAGCACAACUAUCAUUAUGAAGGGGAUAUCCCUAAGCAGCCGUCCUGAUAGUGUGGUGAAGGCACUUCAGCCUUACCUGCAACUGUCGCCUAGUAAUGUGCGAAUAAUCAAAAACCGGAAGCAUGAUCACGGAGGUGGAACAUUUGGCUUCAUAGAUCUCAAAAGCCACAAGGAAGCAGUGCGCCUGAUUGUUCUAAUCCGUGAGCUGAAACCUCCUCUCACAGUGGAUGGCAAGCCAGUCACUGUUAGUCUAGCAGUUGGACAGAGGAGGACAGAUCCUUUAAAGAAUGAGCAGGGAAAAUUCCAUAAAGCCAAUAAAAAGAACCUUUCUGCACAGGCUAAGAGACGCCAGCGCAGAGCCAUGUCUCAUUCUGUAGCUGAUUACGGAGCUGAUAGUGAUGGACCAAGCUAUAUAUAUGAUGCAGAAUCAGGCCUCUACAUUGACCCAUUGACAAAUGCACAUUAUGACCCCACAUCACAGAGAAUUAAUCCAAAGUUAGAAGCUGAAACUCCUCGCAGGGAAGAGGGAUGGAGAGAUGACAGGACAUCUGAGACCAGAGGACCCAGAAGAGCACAUGAUAGAUACCACAGCCCUUCCCCACCAAGGCGAAAGAGAUCAGGAGAUCUGAGAUCUCUGAGAUCAGGUAGUGCAGAAAAGGAAAGUGGGCCCCGACCUCGAAGAGGCUUCAGAGAAGAAGAGGACAAACCCCAAACUUAUGAACCUUUUAAGAAGCCGCUACCUCCCUCCAUGGUGAAGAAGGAACCUCCUGCUCCUGAGGGACACGAGUACUAUGAGCCAAAAGUAAACCCUUUGAUUGGGCUAAUUGGUGAAUACGGUGAUGACAGUGAAGAGGAAGAAGAUGAGCAGUUACCUCCCUCAAGGAAAAAGACGCCUCCCAGACCACCUCCAUCAUUGCCUCCACCAGUGCCCCCAUCGCGUCCCCUGGCAGCUCCCCCAUCGCGUCCCCUGGCAGCUCCCCCAUCGCGUCCCCUGGCAGCUCCCCCAUCGCGUCCCCCUGGCAGCUCCCCCAUCGCGUCCCCUGGCAGCUCCCCCAUCGCGGCCCCUGGCAGCUCCCCCAUCGCGGCCCCUGGCAGCUCCCCCAUCGCGGCCCCUGGCAGCUCCCCCCAGCACCUCAGUAAACAGUGUACAAGAGAAGCUUACAGACUGGAAAAAAAUGGCUUGCUUACUCUGCCGCAGGCAGUUCCCCAACAAGGAGGCCCUAAUCAAGCAUCAGCAGCUUUCAGACCUCCACAAGCAAAAUCUGGCAAUUCACCAGAAGAUCAGAAAGUCUGAGAGAGAACUGGCAUACCUUCAGCAGAAGGAGAGAGAGGAGAAUCAGUCCAUACAGAGGAGAUUGCAGCAGGCAAAAAAAGAGUUGGAGAAACUGGAAAGAGAGGAGGAGGGCAGUCGGCAGGGUAUCAGUGGACACUGCAAAAGUAAGGAAAGCUCACCUGAGAAAAAGAAACCAAAAUACUCCAACAGAUAUCUCUAAUAAAAUUCUACAACGUGGAAUGACAACAUCCAUUAAGUAGUGAAGAUUCUGCAGACCUGCAUCACAAGUGAUAAAAGCAGAGCCAAGGUGAUGCCAGCCUCAAAGCCAAUGGGAGUCCUACAGAGAAAACAUGAGGAAGCUCAUCUUGGCACGGUACAAGGAGCUGGAAUGAAAAUCCUGCCUGUUCCCACAGCCCAUCUCCAUUUUCCUUUGUGUUUAUCUGUAAUGGCUUUUUUUUCUGCUGCUAUUUUUUUUUAAUAAAAAAUGUAAAUAUUAA